AUGGUCGCUGACGAUAAACCAACAUAUCGCUACAAUGAGAAGCCAGUGUAUACAACAUCCAAUGGCUGCCCUGUUGAGAACCCGUCCAGCUGGCAACGGCUUGGCCAGAAGCCAGGCCCACUGCUGUUGCAGGACUUCCACCUCAUUGAUCUCCUAGCUCACUUCGACCGCGAGCGUAUUCCUGAGCGUGUCGUCCAUGCCAAAGGCGCCGGUGCCUAUGGCGAAUUUGAGGUUACGCACGAUAUCAGUGAUAUCUGCUCUGUUGACAUGUUGAAUGGAGUGGGCAAAAAGACUCCGCUAGUCGCCCGCUUCUCGACUGUGGGAGGCGAGAAGGGUUCUGCUGAUUCUGCUCGUGACCCUCGAGGUUUCUCACUCAAAUUCUACACCCAGGAGGGUAAUUGGGACUGGGUGUUCAACAACACUCCCGUCUUCUUCCUUCGCGAUCCUACCAACUUCCCUCUCUUCAUUCACACCCAGAAGCGUAACCCUCAGACUAACCUCAAGGAUGCUACAAUGUUCUGGGACUAUUUGAGUAAUCACCAUGAGGCUGUCCACCAGCUGAUGCAUCUCUUCUCCGAUCGGGGAACGCCGUACUCGUACAGGCACAUGAACGGCUACUCCGGGCAUACCAUGAAGUGGACCAAGCCAGAUGGCUCCUUCGUCUACGUCCAGAUCCACUGCAAGACUGACCAGGGGAACAAGACUUUCAACAACGAAGAGGCCGGUAACAUGUCAGCCGAGAACCCAGACUGGCACACGCAGGACCUUUUCGAGGCCAUCCAGAGGGGCGAGUACCCAAGCUGGACCGUGUACGCGCAGGUCCUCACGCCGGAGCAGGCCCAGAAGUUCCGGUGGAACAUCUUCGACCUGACCAAGGUGUGGCCGCAGGCGGAGGUGCCGCUGCGGCCCGUGGGCAAGUUCACGCUGAACCGCAACCCGGAGAACUACUUCGCCGAGAUCGAGCAGGCGGCCUUCGCGCCGUCGCACCUGGUGCCGGGCGUCGAGCCGUCGGCCGACCCGGUCCUGCAGUCGCGCCUCUUCUCGUACCCGGACACGCACCGCCACCGCCUGGGCGUCAACUACCAGCAGAUCCCCGUCAACCGGCCCCUGCGCGCCUUCAACCCGUACCAGCGCGACGGCGCCAUGGCCGUCGACGGCAACUACGGCGCGAACCCGAACUACCCUUCCACCUACAAGCCGCUCACCUACCGGCCCGUGAGCGCCACCGCGGCGCACGAGGAGUGGCAGGGCCGCGCCGUCACGGCCGUCUUCGGGGAGAUCAGCCCCGACGACUACGCCCAGGCCAACGGACUCUGGCAGGUCCUCGGCCGCACCAAGGGUCAGCAGGAGAACUUUGUGCAUAAUGUUUCCGUGCACCUUUGCGGCGCGCACGAGGACACGCGGAAGAGGACGUAUGACAUGUUUGGGAUGGUGAAUGCUGAGCUUGGGCGGCGUAUUCGGGAGGCGACUGAGAAGAAUGUGAGGAACCAGAGUCACCCCUCCCCCUUUUAA